AUGUCUACUAGACUUUUUGCUGUGUACGACUUUGUGCCGUGCUUCGCGACGCACGCGGUGGGCACGUCGCUGGACUGGAACUUCACGACGACGCGGCAGGCGCACGCGUGCCUGUCGACGGGCGGCGUGUGCCGCUGGCCGCGCGGCAAGAUGGUGGCGGGCACGGGCGGCAUGCACGGCAUGAUGUACACGCGCGGCCACCGCGACUGCUACGACGCGUGGGCGCGCGCCGGCAACCCGGGCUGGGGCUACGACGACGUGCUGCCCUACUUCAAGAGGGCCGAGCGCAACCUCGACCCCGACCAGAUGGAGAUGGAGUUCCACGGCGCGGAGGGCGCGAUGCCGGUGCAGCAGUUCCCGCACCGGCCGGCCAUGGCCGAGGUGAUCGUGGCGGCGCUGCAGAGCCUGGGCUACCGGCGCGGCGACCUCAACGGCGCCAACCAGACGGGCGUCGCCGUGGCGCAGAUGAUGGUGCAGGACGGGCUGCGCGCCUCCACGCCGCGCGUCUACCUGCGCCCGCUGCACAACUGCACCCGGCUGCGCGUCGCCAUACGCGCGCACGUCACCAGGGUGCUGAUCGACCCGGCGAGCCGGCGCGCGCUCGGCGUGCAGUACGUGGACGCCGCGGGCGCCACGAGGCGGGCGCUGGCGCGGCGCGAGGUCAUCCUGAGCGCGGGCGCCAUCGGCUCGCCGCAGCUGCUGCUGCUGUCCGGCGUGGGGCCCAGCGAGCACCUCACCGCCCUCGGCAUCAAGACGGUGCGCGACCUGCCCGUGGGGGAGAACCUGCACAACCACGUGUCGGCCGGCCUGGGGUUCUGGGUUCGGUCCCCGGGGCCCGGCCGGCGCGCCCUCAACGCCGACACGCUGGACGCCUUCCUGCGCACGCGUGACGGGCCCAUGGCCAGCACGGGGCUGACGCAGACCACCGCCUUCGUGCUGUCACAGUACGCCAAGGACGGCGUGCCUGACCUGCAGAUAUUCUUCGACGGCUUCUCGGCGCGGUGCUCGCGCACGGGCGAGGCGGGCGAGUGCGAGUCGGACGCGUGCGGGCCGGCCUACGUGUACGCGCGGCCCACGGCGGUGCGCGUGCAGAGCCGCGGCCGGCUGCGGCUGCGCAGCGCCGACCCGCGCGCGCCGCCGCUGCUCGACCCGCGCUACCUGUCGCGGCCGCGCGACCUGGACGUGCUGGUGGACGGGCUGCGGCUGGUGGCGCGCGCCGCCCGCACGCCGCCCAUGCGCGCCUGGGGCGUCGCCGUGGACGACGCGCCGCGGCCCGGCUGCCGCCACCUGCCCUUCGCCUCCGACGAGUACUGGCGCUGCGUCGUGCGCGUCCACACCGGGCCCGAGAACCACCAGGCCGGCACGUGCAAGAUGGGCCCCUCGUGGGACUACACGGCCGUCGUGGACGCCCGGCUGCGCGUGCACGGCGUGGCGGCGCUGCGGGUCGUCGACGCCUCCAUCUUCCCGGAGGUGCCCAACGGGAACCCCGUGGCUCCCAUCAUCAUGGUGGCCGAGAAGGCGGCCGACAUGAUCAAGGAGGACUGGCGGCGCGCGCACCAGCACUAGGCUCUCUACUUGUGCUGCCGCCGCAGUCACUUCCACCAUCACUGGGGGCGUCGGACUCGUCGCGGUCACCAUCACCGCCGCCCUCCCCAUAUCCCGCCGGCACCGUCGCUUCUCGACAAUUCAGAUAACGUCCUCGUGGUGUUGCCAACCAUGCGCAGUCAUCGUCGUAAACAGCACGACUCACCUCAUCGUUACGACGAAUAUUACUCAUUUAAAUCCCGUCACUACUUGGAAAAUAGAGAGGCAGCCUGCUUUACGGUUUCGCGUUUACUCACUCUACUACCUUGCUAUUGGCCAUAUGGGUACGGGAGUCGCUGGUGUAUCUAUUUUUAUUCUUCGAUACAGAACAGGUUUCACGAUCAAACGGUGCUCCCUGUUCUGCUUCCACAAUGUGUUCUCCUUUUUCCAGUCUCUCGAAGUCUACCGUGACAGAAGCCAGAACUUCGCCCGAUCAGAUCUCCCAGCACUCACUACCCUUUUGUAUUUCCCUUAUCAGCUGAUAUUUUUUUUACAAUUUUCAGCACAGCUACAAUGUUAUUCUAAAUUUUAUAUAAAUUAAUUUUUCUAGGAAGGCCGGAAUUUGGGGGAGAGGGAGAGAUUUCCGUUUCAGACAAACACUAUGGAGUGCCGAGCUAUCUUCAUGUACAGGGACGAUUUCUAAUCUUACUAUAGUUGUAGAAUACCAAAUAAUCAGAGUUGUUGCAAAAAUUAAAGAUUUAAGUACAACGCAAAAAAGCAGUCUCACUCUGAAAAAUAUCUCUCGAAAUUACACACAAAGAAGCUAGUAAAUUCUAAUCACGAGAUAAGAAACAAUUUGCGGGAGUUUGUCCGUCCAAAAGUUCAGCAUUAUACGGUCAUACACUCUCAAAAACGUUACUAUUCCGCCUUUUCAGUCAACAUGACAAAAUGAGUGUUGCUCUCAAGGCUACUACGAGUUUGUUUACAGCGGCUUGUAUACACUGAUCUAAGCCACACUACCAGAAGGACAGAGCUUUCCUACGACAGACAAUUAUUUAACAGGAUACAUCACACAGUUAUUACAACCAUUUGGAACUUUUUAUGGGUCUCUUCAGUCACAAAAUAAUAAUCCAAAAAGUAGCAAUUCAGUUUUCUGCAUAAUACUGCAAGUAUACAGAGAACUGCGAAAUAUUGCAUUAAGGUAACAAAAUGUAAAAGUAAUGACAUAAAAUAAAUAGUCUUUCUGAAACGAAAUAUUUCGAUUACACACAAUUUUGGCAAUGGUUUGACAAUUUAGUUUACAGGUGAAAUGGGUGAGCGACGGGAUUAAAUACAGACAUUGCUCAGCACAAUAUAAGUUGUUCCUCAGUCAUGGAAAGUGCCAUUAUCAACGGCUGUGAAAGUGUUCCUUCACGUCUCAUUAGAAAUUUUUCCUACUAACAGUUGUAUGACACCAAUGUGUGUGUGUCUGUGUCGUAUCUGCAGGCUGUUAAAUGUUGUGAUGUUGAAUGUGAUGAUAUCUAAUCAUCAUUGAAGCAGGUCAAACGAAAAAAAAAUUGUUAUAAAUGAAAAACGUGUGUGCCCUACACCGAGUCCAGCCUUGGACACCAGUUUAGCGGGUAGCUCCUCAGCUCCAAUCUGAUGGACACUAUUAUGACUGAAAGAACACCGAAGUGCAGAAGGAUUGACGGAAGCAGCACCACGCGUCAAAGAUUAACUUUACAUCGUUGAAGAACUUUCAAAUUGAACCACCAUAAGAGACUUCGGACAGUAAAUUUUUUGUAAUGUAUUCAAAAUAUUUUUCAGAAGUUCUCAGUAAGAUCAAGUAGGGAGGAAUGUGUACAUUUUUACCACUACCUUUCGUAUCACGCGAACGUGGCAGAUCUUGCAGUCGUGACAACUUUAUUUUAAAUUUGCUAUCUUAUCUCCGAGAUUAUUGUCAUUCAGGUCCAAGAUAUCCUCAAUAACCACUACUUUAUAUUUCCUAAAUGACGUAAGUGUUACCAUUUUACUCGCAUAUGCUGCACUCCUGGUUGUCUUUCUCGAGUGGAGCCAUCUACAUACCGUUUAGACCUUUGAGGCCAAAAACGUUAAUUCAUGUCCGUUCACCUGUUCAAUAAAAAGUUUAUUUUUCCUGCCACAUAACAGUGCUAUAAAAUGGGGGAAUAUUUUUUUCGUUGAGUUGUUACGGCCUCUGUUAAUAUUUGCGGUUUACAACGCUUACUUGCUUCCACUGGUCGGGGAUCCCAGCCAGCACUGCCCCUCUUUCUUGUCACAGCCCACACAGGCAUUCGUCAGACUCCCUGUCGUCGCAGGACGAUAAAAGAACAUCACAUUACUUACUGAGUCACCUACUCGUAUACAUUUAUGCAAAUGUCCUUGGACUGAAUGAGAGGUUCGCCUACUACAGUGAGAAAUCCUACAUCGACGUCACCUAUUUUGGAACGCAGAAAGAAGGUGCAAUUUUUACGAACUUACAAAGGAGUUGACCACUAACAGGUGAGACAGAAGCCUUGACCAAGCAAGUAAAAGCAUUAUACUUUGGUUUCUGAUUGAUCACUGCGUAUUAAUUUGAAGAACAAACUGAUCCGUAACAGGUAGGAAGGAAAACAAUCGGCGUAAUUGGCUCAAGCUGCAGAUACGGUAUCAGCCUGCAGAUACGAUACAACAGUCUAUAAAUCUAUUGAUCUCAUUUUGUACAAAUGUUUACACAUAAUAUUUGGUGG